CACUGGCAAACUCUCUCCCCAUCCAUCUCUGCCUUGGCUCAGUCCCCUGCACCUCUUCAAAGACAAAGGAGGCCCUCCAUCAACACUAAGUCUCUCCACAAGUCCAGCACAAGAAGCUCCAAGAUGCCGGACACAAUCAUGUCCAAGGAGCCCAGUUCCAACCUGGAGAGUGCCAUGCAGAUGCUCAUAAAGACCUUCCACAAGUACUCUGGGAAGGAGGGCGACAAGUACACGCUGAGCAGAGGGGAACUGAAGGAGCUGCUACUAGAGGAGCUGGGGACUUACUUAGGGGGCUCCAAAGAUAAUGAAGCGGUUGAGAAGGUGAUGAACGACUUGGACGCCAACAACGACGGGGAGGUGGACUUCACUGAGUUCAUCAUCCUGAUGGGCGCCCUCACCGUCGCCUGCAACGACUUCUUCCUGGAUUGCAAGACUGAUGAGAAACCGAAAGACGACAAAGGCGAGUCAGCGGAGAAGAAAGCUUGAAUCAGUGCAAGAGAGGAAGGGGGGGGAGUAAAGUGGGAGGGAGAGGUGGAAAGAAGGGGAAGGGGAGGGGGGUGGGGAGGAGGAGGGGGAGAGAGCAGAGAGAAGGAGGACAGAGUUGCAAUGGAUUUUUGUCUUGUGCAAUCCGUAAACACUACAACUACACACAAGGAGAGCAGUCCAGCAGUUUGUGGGUUCACAGCACACGGGGCAUUCAGCAGGAGUAGGGUUUUCUCCUCGGCAACUGUUUGUCAUACCACAGCAUAUCCGGAGCUAGUUGCACUCAAAGCAGAGAGUGACUUUACACACAGAACAGGGUAUAUUUCAACUUCUAUCAACUCAAAUAGAGCAGCUUAGACGGUUCUUGUAUGUUCUGAAUAGUGCACUGGAAAGAAAGGAAGUUUUGCAGAACGCACACCAGAAUGUUGGAGCACUUCUUGCACAUGAAUAAUUAAAUAAGACAUAUAUUACAGAUUAUCAUAUAAUUGUAUGUACUCAGCGUUGAACAAUAUGAUUUAUCCCCUUUUUCUGCACAUAUUUUGUAAUCCUUUUUGGUAAUAACCAAUGCAUUCUUCAAAAUAUUAAACAUGACAUCUAACCAGUAA